AUGGCCCCUCCUCUGAGCCACGAUGAGUUCUUCUCAUCUCUCACAAACCUGCUCUCAAAGACAUCAGAAAAGGCACGGGGAUCUGUUACUCUGACCCAAAAACCCCUCGUUGACUCCGCAUCCAAUUCCCCACCUUCAACCCUCAUCCGCAUCACAGACGGAAACACCAGUGCGCCAAACCCUAAAUCGGCCGACAAGGCUGGCAAGAUCACCAAGAAUACUUCCUCGAAAGUUAAAUUCUCGACAGUGGUCAAGCCGGAAGAGCUUGAAGCAUUCUACACUCGCUAUGCUGAGCUGUGCAAGUCUGGUAUGACCGGAAUGAAGAAGCGGGAUCGCAAGCGCAAGACAAAGGCCAAGGGUGGGGCCACCAAGGCUGUUAAGGCAUAG